AUGUUCGCAGAUAAAUCAGGGUUACUCACGCUCCACUACGGAAAGCAUCACGUAACGCUUGUGGACGAAAUCAAAUUGUGGUUUUUAGACGAAAAUUUCACGGACGUCGUCAUCAAAGUUAAAAAGAGUAAAAUAUUACUUAAGGCUCACAGGUUGAUAUUGGCAUCGUGUAGUCCUUUGAUAAGGAAAAUAUUAGAUAAUAAUAUAACUCACAGUAUAGACAAUCUGACCAUAUAUUUCCCAGGUAUUAAAGCCUCGUCGAUGCGGCACUUAUUAAAUUUCCUUUACACGGGUCAAACUUGUUUAAAGGAAGUCGAAAUAAAAGAACUCAGAGAAUUGAUAAAAUUAUUAGAUAUAAAAACGGAUAUUUGGGACGAGACUCCCCAAUGUGCUCCCUUCCUGGGAAAUACGGGAACUCAAGUUCCCUUUAACAACAACAAGGAUUACGGCGAUUCGACAACAAGUACAAAUGAUAUGAUGGGAGUGUCAGAUGAUAAAAUUCAAUCGGAAUCCGUUAAUUUGUCAAAAGACAUUGUUUUGUCGAUAGAUCAGAAGAAAUCUGAUUCAAUUGUUUUAUUUGCAGAAGAAUUAAGUAUAAAAGUCGACGUCGAUGAAAAUUCGUUAGACGAUGACGACGACGGCGAGGUCGACGACGAUGAAGAUGACGCGGCGGAAAGAAGCGGCGGAGAAUUACAUAUAUCACCCAACGAAGAAGAUUCUAGAAGUCCCGAAUCCCCGUCGAACGUGGGAACGUCUAGAAAACAAAUACUAACGAGGAGAAGUAGUUUAAACCCAGUGAAUUUAACGGUUGAAAAAAAUGGUCGAAGGAAUUCGAUUGAUGAGAAAAACGUAGAUCAGGAUCAAGACUACGAAAAGGUAAUUUUUCCUUUUCUUUCGACGACCCGAACAAAAGGAGCAAAAAAAUACGACGAGGAAAACGAAACGGACGACGAAUUCACGGGAGUCACGCGAAUACCUCAAAACAUUCCGGAAUCGUACCUGGUGACGCCGCAUAGGAAAAGACGACCGGGAUUUCACAACAGUCCGAAUCAAAGCAUACCAUUCGUACCUUUUUAUUUUUCCAGGGAUUUUCCAUUGCAAGGUAAUGUAUAUCGAUCGAUCGAUGGAUCGAUCGAUAGGUCGCCGAACGAACGUGAAAAAUCACCCAACGAUUUUCAUUUGGUUAAAGAAUCGUUAGAAAAUCCAUGGACGUCCUACGCCGCUCUACGUCAUUCAUACAAUUCAGGUACGAGAGCGAGUUUCGAUGGAAGGUCGGGAAGCGGCGGUUUGACCCUGGUCGAUUCAUCUCGUAAGGAUCCCGCUCUACUACAAGUAAACAAUCCGAACGACGUCCAAGAAACGAAAGCGAGAAGUUCAUCGUCUCCCGUGCAGGGAACGAACACGUCGAAAAUCCAACAGCUCCGGGAAUACAAAUGCGAAUAUUGUGGAAAACAAUUUGGAAUGUCGUGGAAUUUAAAAACUCAUUUGAGAGUGCACACGGGAGAAAAACCUUUUGCUUGCCGGUUGUGCGUGGCCAUGUUUAAACAGAAAGCGCAUUUGUUAAAGCAUUUGUGUUCCGUGCACAGGAACGUUAUUUCGGAGGGUAGUGGAAAAUUCAAUUGUUGUUUCUGUCCGGUUAGUUUUGAAAAUUUACAAGAGUUGAUAAGGCAUUUAAGCGGACCCCAUAACAAUUUACUAUUGAGUAAAAAUUUACACGAUUAA